UCGAAUGGAUGGAAGACAGAAACGUUAGCGAGCCUUGGAUGUCGAGUGGAAAGAACAGUGUCUUAUUUCACGCCUUGAAAUAACAAGUUCUUUGAGGUGACGAUAUUUAGGUUUAAUGAUGCGGCGUUCGAAGCGGAUUCGCUCGCCGGAUGGAUGGAUCACCGAGUAUAGCUGGGAGGAGAGGGUUGAGAUUCGCAAGAGGCAAAAGCGAAGUUCUCACAGUGGCGAAAGGGAAAGGAGACCAGGACGGUACCACCAUUACAGAACAUACGAGAGGUGUCACCUGAACCCUAAGAGGCUGGAGUGCCGGGAGAGAAGGGCCAGAGAGCCCAGUCUAGAGCCGGUGGGAUAUAGGGAGAGGGUGGACUCUUUGCGGAUGCAUGGAAGGGAGAGAGACUUAUUACAGCAUUAUUACAGCAAGUCAUCGGCACAUAGUAGUCACAGCAGACGGAGUAGCCGCGAUGACCAGCGGUCGCACCCACAUAGUUCUCGACAGUCCAACUCGAGAAGUCAUCGCAGGAAAAGAUCCCGAAGUUUUGAGGAUGAUGAGGAUGGUCACCUUGUCUAUCACAAUGGAUACAUGCUAAGAGCAAGAUAUGAGAUUGUUAGCACCCUGGGAGAAGGGGCCUUUGGGAAAGUGGUGGAAUGUGUGGAUCAUUUUAGAGAGGGCACAAGAGUAGCACUGAAGAUUGUCAAAAAUGAGGAGCGAUACCGUGAAGCUGCCAUGUCUGAGGUUGACGUUUUAAAAGAAGUGAACUCUCUGGACUCAGAAGAGAGAUUUGCCUGUGUACGGAUGUUGGACUGGUUUGAUCACCAUGGUCACAUCUGCAUCGUGUUUGAGUUGCUGGGAUUGAGUACCUACGACUUCCUGAAAGAAAAUGGCUUUAUGCCCUUCAGCGUGGAUCAGAUCAGACACAUGGCACACCAGAUCUUCAGAGCAGUGUGUUUCCUCCAUCGGAACAAGCUCACUCACACUGACCUGAAACCUGAAAACAUUCUGUUUGUGAACUCCGAUUACCACACGGAAUACAACGCCAAACUCAAACGGGAUGAGAAAACUGUUAAGACGCUGGACGUGAAAGUGGUGGAUUUCGGCAAUGCUACGUAUGACCAUGAACACCACACCUCAGUAGUUUCCACUCGUCAUUACAGGGCACCAGAGGUGAUCUUAGAGCUUGGCUGGAACCACGCUUGUGAUGUGUGGAGUCUCGGUUGCAUUCUGGUGGAGUACUACCUGGGACUGACGCUCUUCCAGACUCAUGACAGUAAGGAGCACUUGGCCAUGAUGGAAAGAGUUCUCGGACCCAUUCCCAGCCACCUACUCAGGAAAACCAGGAAACAGCACUAUGUGCACCAUGACAAACUGGACUGGGACGAACACAGUUCCUCAGGCAGAUAUGUCAGGAAACACUGCAAACCACUGAAGCAAUACAUGUUCUCCAAGAGCGCAGACCAUGAGCAGCUGUUUGACCUGAUCCAGAGGAUGAUGGAAUAUGAUUCGUCCAAAAGGAUCACGCUGGAGGAAGCCAUUCGACACCCGUUCUUUGACACUCUCAGGAAAGAAAGGAAGAACUGACCUCUGGUCACCCUUUUACAGCUCCCCUUCCUCCCCCCACCCCACAUUACAGCUCCCAGGGAGACUAUAGCCGACUGUAUCAGUCUGCCAUGAGACUACCUGCAUGUUGAAACUCUGCCUAUUUAUUAUCCAUUUGAUAACUGACCUCUACUGUUAUUAUCUGUUCCUUGAUAAGACUUGGUUAUUUCUGAUUAUGACUCAUUCUUAAUAAAAGUAGUUUCACAAACA